AUGGGGUUGAGUGCAUUUUGCCUUGUACUGGGCGUGAUAAUACUAGUGGUGAUAUUCAAGGUCGCGUUUCCUCCGUGGGACUAUCCCAGAAACAUCCCCACUAUUCCCUUCUAUGUUACACUGUUGCCUUCAAUUUUUGAUUUUGACCAGGAAGAUAUUUUCGAACUUUAUCUUCGCAAACCGCUCGAAGAGUAUGGUGCAGUCAAACUCUUUUUUGGAUCGCGGUGGAACAUCGUUGUUUCUCGCCCUGAACUUAUGGCACAAGUUUUCAAAGAUGAAGAUACUUUUGCAAAAAGUGGUAACCAUAUAAAGAUUCCAUAUGGUGUCAUAUCAGCAUAUACCGGCGAAAACGUCAUUUCUGCUCAUGGUGCGAUUUGGAAAUGCUUUCGAAAGGCAAUCACACCAGGACUUCAAUUCUUUGAUCAAAGGCCUCUGGUCAAAAAUGCUUCCAUUUUUUGUGGACUAAUUGAGCGGCAACUGAGAAAAGAUGAAAGGAAGAUGUCAGAAUUGGGAGACAACAACGGUGACAAAUUGAGUUUUGCUGGCAGUGAAGUUGUGAUGCCGGAGCUUAUUCAACGACUGAGUCUCGCAAAUAUUUCUGAAGUUGCGCUCGGGAUAGACAUCGGGACAUUAACGAGAGAAAACUCACAACUUCAUGUUAAGCUAAAAAACGUGAAGAGCAACAUUUUCAAACCACUGUACUUGAAUUUUCCUAUGUUAGAUCUUCUGCCAAUUCCUUCGCGGCAGCGAGCGAGAGAUUAUGUUGAGGAUUUCAGAAGAUGCUUGAUCAAAGCUGUUCGAGAUAGCAUGAUUGACAAUUAUACUUUUGAACAGACAAAAUUUGCAUCUUCGGAUUUGAUUCGUAGUUUCAAUCGCGGUGAGAUUACCGAGAAGCAACUUAUCGACAACCUAGUCAUCAUUGUUGUUGCCGGCCACGAAAACCCGCAAUUACUUUUGACUACAUGUUUUUAUAUGUUUGCGAAAGAAGAAAAAUGGCAGGAGUUGGUUCGAGCUGAAGUGCAAGGAUGCGGACAACAAAAUCUCGACGAGCUGCCUCUGCUCAACAGCUUCAUUUUUGAAUGCAUACGGCUUUAUCCGCCUUUAUCCCAAAUCAUCAACCGCUGCACCACCAAGAAGUGCAUGCUAGGAAAAGAUUUUCUCAUACCUAAAGGAGCAUAUGUCGGCUACAAUAACAUCUCCACUGGUAGAUAUGUUGCUGCGUGGGGCGACACAGUGGAUGACUUUUUGCCCGAACGCUGGGGUGAUAGUAUCACUGACGUUAUGAGCGAAUGGAGGCAUAGGAAGAAUACCUGUGCUAUGAGUGCUUUUCAUGGUGGCAGGCGUGCCUGUUUGGGAGAAAAGCUGGCAUUGAUGGAAGUACGUAUAACCAUGGCGGCUGUGCUUCGGAACUUUGAGUGGAGCUUGUCGCCAAACUGGGUUGACAAAGUCACGCCUGCAGGGCCAUUGUGUCCGGCUGGCCUGAAAUUAUGUUUUUCUAAAAUCGAAAAGGUUGACCCAAACACGCAAGUCCAUGAUAGAUUAUAUAUGGGUUUGAAAUUGUCCUAG